AUGGUGUGUCUGUUCCUGAUCUGGCACUUCCGCGCCAAGUACAUCGACCACCUCCCGCCCGCCUUGUCGUCACGAUUACGGUACUAUGCCCCCUUGUCGACCUUUGAGGAUGCGGCUGAACAAGGUGCGCUUUCAAACUCGAUCCUCUUCAAGUUGCCGAAUACACACGACUGACCGCCUUCUCUCGGAAACUCCCUCACCGCUAGGGUUCUCCACCGCGGCCUUUGACCUCUCGGGCAACAUGGCCGGUGACUCUCGUGCUGGAUUGGACGAUCGUACUCUAACCGAGGUGCGAAGGAUCAUGGAGGAGAAGAGGUGCAACUUCGACGAGGCGAGGGUCAUCCACACCAAUAGGAUGUUUGCGAGGAAUGGUACGUUCUUAAGGAGAUCGGCAAGGGGUUGGGUUUGGGAGCUGUCGAAGAUGACUCCGAAUUCGUGCUUAUUUACGUUUUUGGUUUUGUCCUUCUGGGACAGGUAUUGAUCCGAAUGGAUACCCGCUAGGUCAGCACUAGACCGGCGCCGUGUUGCAUCGUCCUGGAGUCGACGCUGACUCGCGAACCUCUCUGAAAAUCUUGACUCUCUAUCCAUCUUUUCCGAUCACACAGACCCCAAGGCCAUCACUCGACUCUCGUGA